GGGGAGCAGUGCAGUGCGGCAGGCAGGCAGGCAGGCAGUCGUCAAGCUCGGUCGUUGCUGCCUGGCGAAUGGAGAGAGCACUAUGAUCUUUAGCCAAUGUGCAAGGAAGCAGGCUUUCGGCUAGCUAACCUCUGGCUGCCAUCACCAUCUUGUUCGGCAAAGCAGGUAUUUUUGGACAUGUAUCUUAGAUGUGACGUCUCAAAACUAGCCAGCCGCCGGCGGUGCCUGGAAAGUCAUUAGGCAUUUGGGCCGGCCAGAACUGCUCUCUUGGCCAGCAUCUUCAGUGCUGGGUUGUAAAUGUGACAGACUGUAUCAACACUUCGAACCGCACUAUGGGUCAGGACAGAGGGAAGUAUGAUUUUUACAUUGGUCUUGGACUGGCCAUCAGCUCCAGCAUCUUCAUUGGAGGAAGUUUUAUCCUCAAGAAGAAAGGGCUUCUGAGACUGGCAAGGAAGGGAUCAAUGCGAGCAGGCCAGGGUGGUCAUGCAUAUUUAAAAGAGUGGCUGUGGUGGGCUGGUUUACUGUCAAUGGGGGCUGGGGAGGCAGCCAACUUUGCAGCAUAUGCCUUUGCUCCUGCGACUCUGGUUACCCCGCUGGGAGCGCUCAGUGUGCUUGUCAGCGCGGUCCUGUCAUCAUACUUCCUGACAGAGCGGUUGAACCUGCAUGGGAAGCUUGGCUGCUUGCUCAGUAUCUUGGGCUCCACCACCAUGGUAAUCCAUGCUCCCCAAGAAGAAGAAAUCAGCAGCCUUGAUGACAUGGCCAGGAAGCUGGUUGACCCAGGAUUUUUGGUCUUUGCAACUCUUGUCAUCAUUGUGGCUCUCAUCUUCAUAUUCGUCGUGGGUCCCCGCCAUGGUCAAACCAAUAUUCUUGUCUACAUCACAAUCUGCUCAGUAAUUGGGGCGCUGUCAGUGUCCUGUGUGAAAGGACUGGGUCUUGCAAUAAAGGAAGCAAUUGGUGGGAAAUUUGUGGUGGGAAAGCCAUUGGCAUGGAUCCUGCUGCUGGGCCUGGUUGCCUGUGUGAGCACACAGAUCAACUACCUGAACAAAGCUCUGGACAUAUUCAACACCUCCCUGGUGACUCCCAUCUACUAUGUGUUCUUUACCACAUCUGUACUGACCUGUUCAGCGAUCCUCUUCAAGGAGUGGGAGCACAUGGGCACAGAUGAUGUGAUCGGUACCCUCAGCGGCUUCCUCACCAUCAUCGUGGGCAUUUUCCUACUUCACGCUUUUAAAGACAUUAGCGUUAGCCUGGCCACUCUUGCUGUGUCCAUGAGGAAGGAGGAAAGGCCCUUUCCUGCAGCAAAUGGCAUGGCUUCCCACAGUACCUAUGAACUAUUACAUAAUGACUCAACUGAGGACAUGGAGGACAGAGAAUUGGGCUUGCCUUUUGAUAGCGUUUCUAGAAGGAAUGGUGCAAUGACUGCCCAGUAGGAUCAUAAAGGAACUUGUUGCAGCCCCCUACUGACUCAGCAACCAUGACACUGCUACAGGCAUGGUAUAUGAGAACCUUAAGACAAUCAGCUGUAGGGGGAAAGCUGACAUGGAUGGACCAAUCGAUUGUACUUAAUUUUUUCAUUUGCCUUAUUUUUCUCAGAAUAUGACUUGAUUAGUCUAGUACACUUAGAACUUUAUUUCAUUCCUGUGUAGCUCUGUAAAUACUGAGUUUUUUUAAGAGACAUUUUGUUAUAUUCUGUACAACUAUCUGCAUAUACAUGCACUGACUUGCUUUCUAUAAAUCAAUAGAUAAAAUGUUUUAAUAUAUUCUAUAUAUGAGAUGAGGGUCCUGCUGAAUAUGGAUAUAUUUAAAAGGGCAGUCACUGCGUUUUUUGUUUUCGUGAUACUUGAAAGUAACAAUUUUUGUUGGAAGUCACCAUGAACUUUUUUGUAUCAUUUACAUAAAAAGCUCUUACGAUCAACCAACGGAUUUGUUACAUAUUUAUUGAAUUAAAAUGAUUAAAACAUUUGAAAAACAAGGCACAGUGAAUAAAUGCUUAACAUGA